UCUUCCUCCUCGUCCUCCAGCGCUUCCCCAGGGCGCGGGCAGCUGCUGCCGGGGUCCAAUUGUGGCCGCACGAGUUAUGAGAGCCGCCGGUCUGAGUGCGCGCACGGCGCUGGCUCUGCUGCUGCUGGCCGGGGCCGGGCUGUCGGCCGCCGCCUCGUCCCUCGCCCCGCCGCUCUUCAACGUGAGCCUGGACGCGGCCCCCGAGCUGCGCUGGCUGCCAAUGCUGCAGCACUUCGACCGCGACUUCUUGCGCGCCGCUAUGGCGCGUAUCAUCGGGGAUAAUGUCCCCAAGUGGGUCCUCGGAUUGAUCCGAAAGGCGGUCUGGGAGCUGGAGCUCUUCCUGCCCCAGCCCUUCACCGACGAGAUCCGCGGCCAGUGCGACGCCCUGAACUUCAACCUGGCCGACUGCAUCCUCCUUAACCUGGCCUACGAGUCCACCGCAUUCUGCACCAGUAUUGUGGCUCAGGACUCCAAAGGCAACGUUUAUCAUGGCCGGAAUCUGGAUUACUCUUUUGGAAAUAUCUUACGCAAUUUGACAGUGGAUGUGCAGUUCAUAAAGAAUGGGCAGAUCGCCUUCACGGGAACCACCUUUAUUGGCUACGUAGGAUUAUGGACCGGUCAGAGUCCGCACAAGUUUACCGUUUCUGGCGACGAACGAGAUAAAGGCUGGUGGUGGGAGAAUAUGAUUGCUGCCCUUUUUCAGAGACACUCACCGGUCAGCUGGCUUAUCCGCACUACCCUGAGUGAAUCAGAAAACUUUGAAGCAGCUGUUUACAAAUUGGCCAAGACUCCCCUUAUUGCUGAUGUUUAUUACAUUGUUGGUGGCACAUACCCCCGGGAGGGAGUGGUCAUCACAAGGAACAGAGAUGGCCCAGCAGACAUAUGGCCUCUAGAUCCUUUAAAUGGAGCGUGGUUCCGAGUUGAGACAAAUUAUGACCAUUGGAAGCCAGUGCCUAAGAGAGAUGACCGAAGAACACCUGCCAUCAAAGCUCUUAAUGCCACGGGCCAGGCAAACCUCAGCCUGGAGACGCUCUUUCAGGUUUUGUCAGUGUUUCCGGUUUAUAACAACUACACAGUUUAUACUACGGUAAUGAGUGCUGCCAGCCCAGACAAGUACAUGACUAGGAUCAGAAACCCGAGUUAAAAGCAGAAGAAUGAAUUCACCUAUGCUAUGAAGGAAGAAGAAAAUUCUCCGUCUGAUGACAGCCCAGCCAAUCAGACUGUAGCUGCCCAACCAAUGAGAAGCCUCCAUACUUUGGACUCCUAGCCUCCUCCAGUGAACUCUUUCAUUAUUACAGUCCGUCCCAACUCCCUCUUUUCCCUAUGAAAGCAAACUCCUCCUUCCUGUUUUCUGGAUUUGCCUGUGGUCUGCCAUAGUUUGCAUAUCCUGAAUUGUAAUUCCUAUGGCUAUUCCCAAAUAAACUUGCUUUU